GUGUUUUUUUUUUUUUUUUUUAAUUGUAUUCAACAGUUUGGCCUUGGUUGUGGAUUGAAAGAGAUGGAUUUUCUCUGUAAAAUCCAUCUCCAAAAAUUCUGCUCUUUGUUUUCAAUUGAAACAUGUAUUUUCUGUCAGAAAAUUCUGGACAUUGACUCGGGCAGAUUUCUCCCCAGAAACACGGACACAAGAUUCCAACAGCUUCUUUAGUUUACUAAAAAACAAUAACAAGGGUCAUAUUGUGUACUGUGGCAAAUGCGUUUUUUGUUUGGAAUUUUAUGUUUUUAAGUUUCAAUGGCAUUCUUACAAAAAACAUGUCCUCGGUGAUGGUGAGUUAGUAAAAAGGAAGCCGAAAAUGUGUUUUCUGUUUACAAAGCAAACAAAGCCAAUGCUAUUGGACAAAAUAGAGUAAUUUGUGUACAGAUACAACAAGUACUCUUCUUUAGUACAGAUUAAUAACUUUUACUACAUUAAUGUGUGGCAGAGAAACCAUAAGAGUUGUUAGGGGAGGGAGUUUUUGGGUUCUUCACAAAUUGAUUUGAUUACGGUUAUGAGGCUGCGUUUUCUUACCCCUCCUCCCCCCACACUAUAGUAUGAACAUUCAGUACAUAACAUUCCCCAGACCUAAUGAAAAAUGACACAUAAAAGAAUGGUUCAGUUUUCAUUCCUCCCACUGUCUCUCCACUGCAGUUUUAAGGCACCUCCGGCCCGUUCUGCUGUGCUUUGUCCCCCUUUGGCUCACAGGACUCCUGUUAUUGCUUUCUGCUUCUUUUUUCUCCUUUAUGCUCUCCCAUCAUGCCCCUGGGUGUGCAUGAAGCUUUGACUACAGCGUGGCACAUCUCUGUCUUGACUGUGAUGCUCUUUGGCAGAAAAUCAAUAUUUCACCUCUGGUGUGAUAUGGAGAUAAGGCUGUCAUAAUCCUGAUGCUGUGACUCUCAUUCUCUCCUGUAAUUGAAGUCAGAGAUGUCCUUCACUGAUAUCAUUGUUGUUUCUGGAGUUUGUUGUUGCACACAAAGGAACUCAAGUUUAUGAGAAAUAGCCCUAAGGUCCCAAAGUUUAGCCUACCAUAAAUGGAAAUAAAUAUCGUAUAGCCCAGUAGCAACCUGCUGAGAAAAACAAUGUGUAGAUGUCACUGUGUUUGUCUAUGUGCAGUUUGUGUACAUUUGACUUAUCGGUAUCACUUAAUUGACUGUACUUAGCCUUUUAUGAGCUUUACUUUAUUUAACACGGUGAGUGCAAAAGGCAUGGAAAAUAAUGAACAAGAUUAAUAAUUGCACAUAAUAAAUGUCAUAUUUAAAUACUUGUUUAAAGUAUUUAUUUGACUCAUAAGUUACCACCCAGACAUUGUUAUUGUUUUUUGUUAGUUAUGGCAGUAUUGAGUAGUAUUGUUGUCCACAGCAGCCUUGUUAUUCGCCACUGUAUGCCUGUAGCAAUAUAUCAGAUUGUAAUAUCACAAACCAAGUGGUGUUUUACUGUAAACACCUGGGUUUUUGUAUAAAUAAAACUGUCACCUUUGAUACAGAUGUUAUAGUUGAGAUGUCAGUGCUCUCAGAGUUUAGAUUCAAUCAAAUCUGAAUCUCACCACGGAUGAGAUUGAAUUAGAGCGCCACUUCACUCUGUUGUUCCUAUGAAAGUGGAAAAACAAAGUGAGAAGAAGUCGAGAGGAGCUACAAUUUUUCAUUUUGAGAACGCACCUGCUUAUGUUUUGCUCAUAUAGCUAAUUUUUGUUAGCAUUAAGGCAGGAUCCACUUUUAAGCCUCAACAACAUUUAAAACAAUGUCCAGCGUUGAUAUUGGUCUCUGUGAGGCUAAUCAUGUUUCUGUCUUGUGGGUUCUUCACAGCUAUCCUCUUGGUGAAAGUGAACUACGAAAAUACUGCUUUUUUAAUCUGUAUUUGGACCUAAAGAAAAAAAAACAACCCAUUUUUAUUACUCGUGUCUCCCUGUCAAGGUUAAAGAGUCCUCGUUUGUCAGUACAAACUUUUAUUAUACUUGGAUAUUUUUAUCCCUUUGGCUUUGGACAGAUGGAUUCUUUGCUGUGCUCUGGGUCAAGGGAAUUUGACUGUAUCUUUCUUCAUGGCUCUCUUCAGAGGCUACAUCCCUCCUCUGCCUGGCCCACACCUGCGGGUUGCCUCUUGGUCUGAUAAACUCAGAGAGGCUGUGGGUCACUCAAUCAGCACUCACUGCAUGCUCUCAGAGUCAGAUCUCCCUUUCUUCUCCAGAGGGAAAAAACCUUUGCUGCCCACCUGCCAAGAGGAAAUAGUCACAGACAGCCCCUGUCCUUUCCUAAAGCCUUUUCUGUGUCUGUUCUCCAAGGCCACUGGCACAAACGGUCUGCAUGCUUUCAUGGCUGCCCUCUAAAAAAAAAAAAAUCCCUCAAAGCAGUUUUGCUUUGUUUGUUUUUUGGUAAACACUGCCUACUUAAAAUAAUUAUAAUAAAAUUAACAAAGAAACCCUCCAAAUGUUAGCGUAUUUCUGCUUGGUCUCACUCACACUGCACCAUUAACCGUUACUUUAUUUACUUUAAUUUCACUCUAUUAGUUGCUUAUUUACUGAAACCCGACGUAAACAUUUAUUGGUGACGAUACUUGGUGUCGACAAGUACACAGAUGAUAAUGCUCGUACAUGUAUCAGUUGGUAAAAAAUCAUAUUGGAACAGCCCUGUUAGCAGCAUAGUAAAACGUAGUUAUAAUGGGAGUUUUGCAGUGGAAAAAUAAAGGCAGAACUUAAUAAAAUAAAUGACCCUGCUGCUUCUUAUCUCUGUCAUUAGUCCACUGAGGAAUUUUCUUAAUUGUUCCUUUGAGCAGAAACAGACUGAGCACCGAAGUGAGACUUUUUUCUGCUGAAUUUGACAGGGCUCUUUAAUUCCCUCAGGUAAUCUGGACUGCCACUGUUCAAACCAAAAAAGUUGACGUAUGUAAUCGUCGUUGUCUUUGUUUUUAUACGGGUUUGUACAAAAGUAGACAGAUGAGUGGUUCUACAAAGUCUUAUCAGCCCAGCAGCAUUAAUGACCGGCGUAGGGCGUAGAGUCUAGUUGUGUAGGUUGAUGUAGUGGUCACUGAUUCUAUGCACCUCCACUAUCAGUUGGAGCGGUGGUCAUCUGUCAUCCCAGGCCACACUCACUGAGAGAAAUCAUUUCAGCUUGGCUGGUGAUGGGGAGAAAGGAAGAGAGGCCUACUUAAUAUUCACUGAGCAGCGCAACAGUGAAAGGAAAUGAGUGAGAGAGGGUGGGGAAAAUGGAGAAAGUGGGAAAGAAAAACAGAGACUGAAACUGAAUGCAGAAUUCCUGGAUAGAAUUGGCAGCCUGGAAUUGACAAGUUGUAUUCCAUAGGCUAAUAAAUCAGUAGGGUGUUUGCCCAUUGAAUGAAGAAGUGGAGAAAUCUGUGGUCACCACCGUGUUCCAGGGACACAGGUAGCGUGUUAAAUUGGAAAUGGACACAGGAUGUGCAGUUGUGUACAUAACAGGUUAUGUGGCCAGAGAUUUAUUUCAGCAUCACAACCAUCUCUGUCUGGUUGUUGUUCAGGAAGAUGUUUUGUUUUGUUUUUUUAACAGAAAAACCCAAAACCUGACUAAUUUCCUUCCUCUGCUCCCUCCCUCCCCCCUUUUUUUGGUUCAGGCAGUCUGAACUAUAGUCUCAGCCAUCAUCUUUCUGUCACCUACCUGACCUUUAGGUUUGUGCUGCAUGUUUGCAGUCUACAUGUAACUCAUGGACUUCAAUGAGAGCAGGGAAUCUGUUAGGCUGCCUGUCGCCUGACAGGAUGCCAGGCUCAUUGUUGAGGCUGAGGCAGAAACAAUGCAUGGAAGGAUUUCCUGUUAAUUUCAUGGUCACCUACAAUUCCCAAAAAAAGCGUGGCUGCACAGAGAAAUGAGUCUGGGGGCCCUCACUUGUCCCUGGUCCUCCCCCAACCCUCAACUCACCCCCACCCUUUGCUACGCUAUUUGAAAACUGCCUAUCCUCCCUGAAUCUCUCCCUGACUCUCCGUCCCUUCCCUCCCACCUCUCUCGCUCCGUCUCUCCUUCAAUCACGAAGUUGCAGAGCAAAGGGAGAAAACGAGAGGAGGUGUCACCUGACUGGCCCCCUCCAAUCGGAUAAGUUUCUGAUGGAAGUGUUUAGCAGCUGCUAAGAUCAGAUUUAGCCUGAGGGAGGGAGUCAGAAAAGGAGGGAUGGAGCGGGAGACAGGAGUGAGGCAGUGCAGCAUGGCUCCGCACCGGUAGAGAGGCAUGAUAAGUGGGUGCUGUGUACCAUGGACGAGUCCAGCAUUCUGAGGAGACGAGGGCUACAGAAAGAGCUGAGUCUUCCAAGAAGAGGCAGUCUCUGCAGAACAAGCAACAGAAAAAGCCUGAUAGGAAGCGGUCAGUCCACAGGUUUGCCACGGCCUCACUCCCCACUGUCAUCUCUGACAGGAACAAGCCCACAGGACAGUCCCAGAAACUUCUCUCCUAGCGCCUCUGCUCAUUUUUCUUUUGCCCGAAGGACUGAUGGUCGCCGCUGGUCUUUGGCCUCCCUUCCCUCCUCUGGAUAUGGAACCAACACACCCAGUUCCACAGUCUCUUCAUCCUGUUCAUCACAGGAGAAGCUGCACCAGCUGCCCUUCCAGCCCACGCCUGACGAGCUGCACUUCCUCUCCAAGCACUUCUGCACCGAGAGCAUCUCUGGGGAUGAAUGCCGCAGAGCGACGGCCAUGCGACCUCGCUCACGCAGUCUCAGCCCUGGACGAUCUCCAUCCUGUUUCGACCACGAGAUUAUUAUGAUGAAUCACGUCUACAAGGAGCGGUUUCCUAAGGCCACAGCUCAGAUGGAAGAGAGAAUUCAGGAGAUCAUUCGCAGUAACUCUCCAGAGAACGUCCUCCCUUUAGCAGAUGGCGUGCUUGGCUUUGCCCACCACCAGAUAAUUGAACUUGCCCGUGAUUGUUUGGAGAAGAGCCGGUUAGGACUCAUUACCUCCAGCUACUUCUGCGAACUCACUGACAAGCUAGAAAGGCUUGUUCUGGAGUCCACAGAGAGGUCAGAAAGUGAGGAGGUGAACUUCAUUAGAGAGCUGGCCAAGAAGAUCCUCAUCAUUAUAGCUAGACCUGCUCGACUUCUGGAGUGCCUGGAAUUCGACCCAGAGGAAUUUUACCACCUUUUAGAAGCAGCCGAAGGUCAUGCUAAGGAAGGCCAGGGCAUCAAGACGGACAUUCCUCGUUACAUCAUCAGUCAACUGGGACUGACACGAGAUCCACUGGAAGAAAUUGCUCAGCUGACCAGCUGUGACAGUGGGAUAGCAGAAACCCCAGACACGGAUGACUCGUCUCAGAGCCUAAGUGCAGCCUUGAGGUCCCGCAGAAAACCCUGUGAAUUGGACUUUGAAAUGAUAAAACUCAUCAGCAAUGGUGCCUACGGGGCUGUUUAUCUGGUUCGACACAAGGAAACUAAGCAGAGGUUUGCCAUGAAAAAGAUCAAUAAGCAGAACCUGAUGUUGAGAAACCAGAUACAACAGGCCUUUGUGGAGAGAGACAUCCUCACCUUUGCUGAGAACCCUUUUGUGGUUUCCAUGUACUGCUCCUUUGAGACUCGCCGCCACCUGUGUAUGGUUAUGGAAUAUGUUGAAGGUGGCGACUGUGCCACCCUUUUGAAGAACAUGGGUCCACUGCCUGUGGAUAUGGCCAGGAUGUACUUUGCAGAGACAGUGCUAGCUCUGGAGUAUCUUCACAACUAUGGCAUUGUUCACAGGGACCUCAAACCAGACAAUUUACUGGUUACUUCGAUGGGUCACAUUAAGCUCACAGACUUUGGUUUGUCCAAAGUUGGCCUGAUGAACAUGACCACUAAUCUGUACGAAGGACAUAUUGAAAAAGAUGCCAGAGAGUUCUCUGACAAACAGGUAUGUGGCACACCUGAGUAUAUAGCUCCAGAAGUGAUCCUGAGACAGGGCUAUGGGAAACCAGUAGACUGGUGGGCCAUGGGAAUCAUCCUCUACGAGUUUCUUGUGGGGUGUGUGCCAUUCUUUGGGGACACACCGGAGGAGCUGUUUGGCCAAGUCAUCAGCGAUGAGAUCAACUGGCCUGAAGGUGAAGAUGCUCCACCUCUGGAUGCUCAGGAGCUCAUCACUUUGUUGCUCAGACAGAAUCCUCUGGAAAGGAUGGGUGCAGGUGGAGCCGCUGAAGUGAAGGAGCAUCAGUUUUUCCACAAUCUGGACUGGAAUGGUCUCCUGAGGCAGAAGGCGGAGUUCAUUCCUCAACUCGAGUCUGAAGAUGACACCAGCUAUUUUGAUACUCGCUCUGAGAGAUAUCAUCACCUGGAGACAGAGGAAGAGGACACAAAUGAUGAAGACUUUAAUGUGGAGCUGCGGCAGUUCUCCUCUUGUUCACACAGAAUCUCCAAGGUUUACAGCAGCAUCGAUUUGUCACGUGGCCACCUGGAGGAGAAAGGAGAGACGGAGGAGAAGAAGAGUGAGAGUCCUUUGACUGUGGACACUCUCAGCUGGACUCCAGACUUUAAUGAAAUGCCUUCAUUGUCCCACUCCACUGACACAGACAGUGUGAGUCAGGGCCCCAGGCCCACUUUGCUACCAAAGUUUGCCAUCUCUGCUGAGAGCGAAGGCGACGAGUCCUCAGGCCUCGGUGAACCCAGCAAAGCCUCCUUCUCUAUCACAGACCUCCCACAAGAUGAGCCUGAAGCUGAGACACCAGGCAGCACUCACAGUGGAGCCACACUCUCUGGAAGUUUCUCAGACCAUCUGGACCAACUCACACCCAGAGGUGAAGGUCCAGAGAGUCCUGACGGCUCCAACUUCACCUCCGCAGAGCAGGCGCCUCAGUCCAACUCCCUCCAUCCUGACAGUGCUUCAGAGAAGACUGGCGCUGUUGUCAAGGUCCCAAAGUCUGUGUCAGCUGGUGCUCUUUCACUCAUGAUCCCUGCUGAUAUGUUUGGAGUGUCUCCACUGGCCAGCCCACUGUCCCCUUACUCGAUGUCCUCAGACCCCUCCUCGCGGGAUUCCUCUCCGAGCCGAGACUCCUCCCUCUGUGCCACCAACCCACGGCAGCCUGUCGUCAUCCACAGCUCCGGAAAGAAGUUUGGCUUCACGCUGAGGGCGAUCCGGGUGUAUGCCUGUGACAGUGACAUUUACACUGUCUAUCAUAUGGUCUGGAAUGUGGAAGAUGGUGGACCUGCACAUAAAGCAGGACUCAAGGCUGGAGACCUUAUUACUCAUGUCAAUGGAGAACCGGUCCAUGGUCUGGUCCACACUGAGGUGGUGGAACUACUGCUCAAGAGUGGUAGUAAAGUUGCGAUCUCCACGACUCCCUUUGAGAACACGUCAAUAAAAACAGGUCCAGCUCGGAGGAACAGCUACAGGAGUAAGAUGGUCAGAUGUGCAAAAAAAACCAAGAAGGAGAAGACACCAGAAAGGCGUCGCUCCCUUUUCAGACGUUUUGCCAUGCAGCCUUCUCCGCUCCUGCACACAAGUCGCAGUUUCUCCUCUCUCAAUCACUCUCUGUCAUCUGGUGAGAGUCUCCCUGGCUCCCCCACUCACAGUCUCUCACCCCGUUCUCCAACUGCUGCCCUGCGCCAUGCACCUGAUUUUAUUCAAUCAGGUGGGAACUCCUCACAGAGCAGUUCUCCCAGCUCCAGUGCUCCAAACUCCCCUGCGGGCUCUGGUCACAUCCGCCCCAGCACACUUCACGGUCUUGGCCCAAAACUUCCCGGUCAAAGGCUCCGUCAGGGGCGACGCAAGUCUGUUGGGAGCAUCCCUCUGUCUCCUCUCGCUCGCACACCUUCACCUACACCUCAGCCAACGUCUCCACAGCGCUCACCCUCUCCCCUUCUCGGCGGACAUUCUGUUACUAUUUCCAAAACAACCCAAGCUUUCCCAGCAAAGAUGCACUCACCACCCACAAUUGUCCGACACAUCGUCCGGCCCAAAAGUGCUGAGCCUCCUCGUUCUCCUCUGCUGAAACGAGUCCAGUCGGAGGAAAAGCUGUCUCCCUCCUACACAGGGGACAAGAAGCACCUGUGUCCCAGAAAACACAGUUUGGAAGUUACCCAAGAAGAAGUCCAGGAUGAGGAUGUAGGGCCCGGAGAGCGGGAUCACAACAUCCUGCACAGUGUGGAAGAAACAGCCAGUGAGACCCCGGCCAUUAACCGCGUACGCCCCGUUGAGCAGGGCUGUUUAAAGAGGCCCGCUGGUCGCAAAACGGGUUGGCAGGAUUCCACCGAGGAGCUGGACAAGGAGAAACUCAAGUCCAAGAUAGCUGUGAAGAGACAGGACUGGUCUGAAAGGAGGGAGUCUCUACAGAAACAAGAUGCCCUCAGAGAAUCAGAGUCCUUCACCCUGUGCGUUGAUGAAAACAAAUCCCAGAGCAGCCCAGAGUAUGGGCCGGUGGAGGCCAAGGCUGCUGGCAGCACCCUGAAAGAUGUUCUGUACAAGAAACUUAACACAAGAGCUUCAGAGAGCAUCAUGGACUCAGCUGGUGGCAGCGGCGACAGUGAAGGACAUCGAACAUCUCACUGCUCCAUACACACAGAGAGGCAGUUCUGCAGGCAAAGUAAAGACAGCAUGAAGCCUGACCGACUGGACUUCAAAGCUCCCAACAUCGAGUUCACCAGGAAGAGGUUGUCGUUUGAAGAUCGGGAAGACUGCAUCUGUCGUCUGUCUUCUGGCAUCCACGAGAACCUCCAUUUUUCCUCCACCAGGUCUAAGAGUCUGCAGCUGGACACAGCCAUGUCCUACGAGCACAUGAAAACGGGAAUGGGGAGUGUCCACUCCAGCCCCGACAGUCUGACCUCCAAACUUUUCUCUGGUAGGGGAGAGAGCGCUGUAGAGAAACUGCAGCUCAUUUCUUCAGCAGACUCUUCUCUCAGAAAGACUUCCUCUGAAUACAAGCUGGAAGGACGCCAUGUCUCCUCUCUCAAACCUCUAGAGGGCACUCUGGACAUCGGCCUGCUCUCAGGGCCCAGGGUGUCCAAGACUGAAACCUGUUUAUCCAAAAUGACUGAGAACCUAAAUGACCCUGUCCCUGUGACUCCUUCAAUCCUGCUUCAGAGUCCCGUGGAAAGACAGUUUAAUGUCCCCCAGACAAAAAUGGCAGACAAACUCAGGAGCCCUCUCUCAUCUUCCCCGAGUCCUGAAGGGUUCUCUUCUCCAAAUACCAUGGCUGUCUCCAAAGAACAAACAAACAUAACUCCCAGGGAAGUAAAAAACUGUAGAAAAGACCAGAAAACAAAUGACAAACAAAGUGAGUCGUUUAGAACUUCUUCCACCAAGGUGGAGACCUCAACUUUUGUGAGUAAACCAGAGAACAGGAGUGCUGUGAAGACCACCUCAUCACUGGCUCAUGAGCUCAGAAGCCAGCGGCACACGUCCCACUUUUCCUGUGGAAAAACUCCCUCCAUAAGGGAGGUCAGCAACGAGGAUCAGGAGGACGAGGCGGAACAGGAAGCAACACCUCACACAGGACAACAAGGUACCGUCGGCUCCACGGUCGUCUCUUACUCUUCACCAAAGAUGGAAGCAGAUGCCAAAACAACCUCAGCACCUACACAAGUGACGCCUGCAUCUGUGUUUCCUGUAUCGCUGAAGCAGAGUUCGGAUACAGGUCAGAGUCGGAGCGCUGUGAAACCUCCACCCAACUCCCCUGUGACCUCUCCUACAGCAGCCAGGGUUCAGAACAAAUGCACGUCUGUGGCCAUUCCAGAGAAUGUGCUCUCACAACAGCAACUGCUGAACACCUGCUCCUCAAAAACAGAACCAUGCACGUCCGUCAUGGCCUCACCAUCUGCUACUGUGCGUGAUAAUAAAUCCUGCAGAUCAGAAAUACGAGUCCAGCAGGACCAGAGUGAACCGACUGCAAGUAAGGACAACAAGUCCGCUACCAAAGAGGUCGAUGAUGCAAUAACCUCAGAUAUCAGCACAAAUGGAAAAGUGAAGGCAACUUCCAAAGAGGAGCUGAAGAGAAGCAUUUCCACCACCAGUACAAGCACGUCGUCGUCAUCAUCGGUCUCACUGAUCAGACAGGAAAAGGAUGUGUCUCUCUGCCAAACAAAAAGUCCAGACUCAUCACCCAAGACAAAAAAUAAUGUAAAAAUCACAGAGCACUUCUCAAAAACCUACCAGGCUGAAAAAACAUCACACAAAUCAUCAGGCUCAGAACACAGCGCCUCCAGGAAACAGGAAAGUGCUGCCAAUGCGAAAGACAACAGCGCGGUGCUUUUAGUCAAACACAAAGGUUCUGCUUCACUCACUGCAAAUGAAAAUGUCUUAAGUGCAAAUAUUAACUCGAAACCGGAGGUCGUGUCUCAGAGCGCUCUGAAGUCAGAGAUGGAAACGAAGCCGCUGGACGUGAAGCCUCACAGUGCAGCAGUAAAAGGAAGUCCAAAUUCAAAACAGAACAAUAUGUCUAAGGAAUCCACGCUCUCCUUUUCAAAUACAAACAGUCCAGCCAGCCAUGACGUUAAGCGGAAAGAAAGCCCGCUGACAUCUGCUGCUGAAGUAAAUCAGAGAGAAUGUGCUCUGCUGCUGACGCCGUCCUCAACAGUCACUGACGCAAAGCAGAAGGAAAUGCAGCCAAAAACCCAUGCAGCAGCUACAGGUCAUACGGGGAAAGAAAACACAGACUCCAAAUCGCUGAAAUCUUUCCCUCCAAAAAGUGUCUCUACACCUCCCCCAGUUCCUAAGAGUUCUUCACCUCCAACACCAGUUAUUAAACACACAGACCAACCGCCCCACAACCAAGUCCCAGUUAUUAAAGUUCAUCACGGCCCCAACGCAAAGAACACAAAUUCAUUGGCUCUCCCUCCACCCGAGCUGCAGCCGCUCAGGACGCAGCCCUCACACCAGUCUGAUCCUCCACCGGUGCUGCCCAAGCCGGCGGUGAAGAAAGAAACUCCGCCCAGCAGUGGCAACCACUCCGCGUCAAGGGUCGCCAGCACCUGCGCUCCUCCACAGGAGGCUGCACCCAAGGCCUGCAAGGAAAACCCCAGACCUGACACCCUCAAACCAGAGGGUCAGAAAACCAACAGCACUCCAGAGAAACAGAGCACAGCCGAGAGGAAGAAGGACAACACGAAAAACACUAAGAGUCUCUCGGUCAAAGCUGCUGCUGCUGCUGCUGCACUAAAAGACACUUUGGACAAAGACAGUGCGAGGAACAAGCAGCAGAAGGAGUCGUCCAGGAGCUCCAGUAUCAAAAAGUGAAGAGGAGACACAGAAGGAAGGAGAGCAGCUGAGACUCUUAGUCACACUUAGAAAGGGUUUGUGCAAACAUUUGUGUUUUGUUCAAGGACCGGGAAGCUGUUACAUGCUGACAGAACAGGAGGCCUGCACGCGCGUGUGUGGGUGGGUGUAUGUGCUCGCAAGCGUUUGUUCUAUGUGUGCGCGCGUGUUUCCACAUCUGAAUGUAGGACGCCAAUCACUGAUCACUUUUGGUGUUAAGGAGGAUGACUUUUAAAGCGAUUGUUUGUGGGCUUUUGUUGAUGUCAGAUUUGUGUGUGUAUCUGUGUGUGUGUGUGUGCAUCAUGAGGUGGACGAGGAGAAGCCUUCUAAAGGCUGUGACGUACUGUCGAGUCAGUGCCAUUAAUGAUUUUUGAAUUGCACUCUGACUUCUAGCUUCGAAGGGGCCUGAUGUUUCAAUCUUUUAAUGCAGUAGAUUUCUUGGAUUUUUCGAUUUUUCAGGAGGGUGUGGGGUGGGGUUUUAAAAUUAAGCAAACAUGCCACAGGUUUAGGUCGUACCAUUUUUAAGUUGGGGUUCUGUGCAGUGGUACUGUCAGUUGAAAACGCACUGCGUCCUUUCUGCUUUUCAACUGAAACUAAAAAUCAAACCACAGAUUCAUCUUCUAGCUGUAGAAAUCCUGAAUUAGAGGGUGGGGGGGGGCAGCUUAGGUUAAGUGGGGAAAUCAAACUUGCUGUUUUGAGCAAGGUUGUGGUGUUAAAUUCACAUUCCUCUGACGUGUGUACAUAUAGUUUUGAUUUUUUUUAAAUGCAAUAUAUGGUGUAAAUAUGAAAGCACUGUAAAACUGGGAGUAAUGGGCUUUACAUGAUUGUUGUUUGUUAUUGUAUGUAAACAUUUUUCUCAGUGUCACGUUCGUAGCGCGUUCUGGUUGAAAAAAAAA